UGUGGGAUUCAGAUAUUUGAAGACUUAAAUAACAAAUUUGUGUAUGUACGUUUUGUGUAUGUGAAAUGUAGACAUGCAUUACAAAUAAUAGUAGUAUUGCAUUCAGAUUUAGCUUUAUUACUCCUGUUGCACUGCUACAAGAAUCGAUACUCCGUAGCGGAGCCUAAUAUAUUUCUAUGGACGUUACGUACCCAUGGAUGUAUUAAGAGAACGUACCGGGGGAUGAUGCACGGCUCUUCCGGGUACGGUACGGAGCAGCAGAGGCGUUGUUGUGGGCGCAGCAUCCAGAGAUACAAAGAAGACUGCGACAAUGGCCGAAAUAUCACUGUAUCUCACUAACGUUAAUGUGUCGAUAGGACAGACCAUGAAUGCGGCGCAGACUCAGAGCCCUAACCCGGCCAGGGGCUUUGAGAGUGUGGAGCUGGGGGAGCUGAGAGAGGAACAGGAGCAGAGGGAGAAGGUACCUCGCAGGAUCAUCCAUUUCUCCAGCGGGGAGACCAUGGAGGAGUACAGCACCGACGAGGAGGAGGGAGAGGACAAGGAGCUGGAGAGGAAAGACCUGCUGUCCUCCCCGGUCGAACCGGUGAGGUCAAAGUUGACCUGGGGUCCAUACUUCUGGUUUCACAUGUGGAGAGCUGCCACAUCCACCAUCUCAGCCUGCGACUACCUGGGGGAGAGGAUGGCCUCCCUGUUCGGGAUAACGUCAGCCAAAUAUCAGUACGCUAUUGAUGAAUACUACCGGAUGAAGAAAGAGAGGGAGGAAGAGAAAGAGGAAAACCGGCUGUCAGAAGAAGCAGAGCGAUCCUUUGACCAGCUGCAGUCUCUGGAAGAUGAAGACGAACCAAUCGGCGUGACGGAGCAGCGGGACGUGGUCGCUGCGCUCCCCGAUGUGAGCUAUCAGAUCGAGAAUGAAAAUCAGGCACCUUCGAGCACCAUCAGAGUCCCUGCUAUCGUCACAGCGACCUAACUAACCCUAGAAAUGGACGUUUGCGCUUUUAAUGUCCGUCUGUGUGUUAAAGAAGGAACACCGUCCUGUUUCACCAAGCACCGUUUGGUUUGUUUGCUCCACGGCUUCAGAUGGGCAGUGCUGCUGUAUUGUGGUUGUCUGGCAAGGACAGUAGUGGUGGAGGUACUCCACUAAAAAGUCCCUUUGCAACAGUGUAACAAUUGAUAAAAGUAAUACUGGAUAAUAGGGAUGUAAGGAUGCAUCGUGAAUCGGUUAAAAAUCGAUCUAAAUGUGUAAAGAUUACCACCGGUUGAGAUCAAAAAUGAAUCGCGAUGCAAUUUUGAAACGACCUAGGGCGUAAUCUACUUUGAUUUCACUUGUUUGACUUCAGACAUUACUGCGUCUUCUUAGUUUAUUUAUUUGAAGAGAUAUUUUUUUUUUUUUUUUUUUAAGAUUAUGGGCUUUUCCGCCUUUAAUGGAUAGGACAGCUUGGUGAGAAAGGGAAAGAGAAAGGGGGGAAGACAUGCAGGAAAUCGUCACAGGUCGGAUUCGAACCCUGGACCACUGCGUCGAGGCAUAAACCUCUAUGUUUAUGUGCACCUGCUCUACCCACUGAGCCAACCCGGCCACUUAAAAAUCCAUUUUAUUUAAAAUUUUAAUUUAAUCUUAGUUAUUUAAGAUAAAAUACAAUUUUAGUUUAACCUUUUGAUAAGAGGACACGUGUUGUUUUGCACAGUUUAUAUGAAGUGAUAUUUCUCGGUCAUUUGUCUGCAGCUCAUUCUGUAAAAAAAUCGUGAACUUAAAAUCGUGAAUCGUGAGUUGAGUGUAUCGUUACAUCCCUACUGGAUAAUGGCGCAUCAUAUUCAGGAUGCAUUGAGUUAUGUGUGUGUUGUGCAAAACAUGCAAUAUGAGUCAGAAAAUGUUCUAUUAGGUGCCAAUUUAUCUGCCAAUGUAUGGUUUUGUUUCCAUAAUUAGCUCGUUUACGAGAGUUCUCCAUUUUGGUUAGUUGUUACAUUAUCCAGCAGCUAUUGCGUUAUCAGUUGCUACGGCAGCCUCCCCAAUGUGAACGUCUGCUGUGGAGUGAAGGUGACCUGUUGCUCCUCUGUGCCUCUGAUCGACCAGACACUGUGCCUAAAUCACCAAUACAGCCAAGUCAGUGGCCGAUCUGGACAAAGCAUACAUAUUUGAAAAUUAUUUCAAGUGUUUGAAGAUGCAAAAUAACCUUUAUUUCAGUGAGUACACUCAGCCUUUGGAUAACUUUUUUCAUGUACAACACCUGUUUUUGUCCAGAUCUGGUCAAAGUGGUGCAAUCUUGAUACACCUGGCUGCACCACAGAGCUGGCCACUUGCACACUCCCUCCCAUGUUAAUUUGCUCUCUGUGUUUUUUGUAUUAAUGCUUAUUAAGCUUGUAUUGCACUCGGAUGUCUGUGUGGAAGCACUGAGCAGUAAGUCUCGUGGUCUCUGGGGAGCACAAGACUUACUGGCGUUUGUCAGAAAAACAACAAUGAAAACGGGUCAAGGUGUUCGAUGUUGCUCUUAUUUUCUACCUUAUCUACUAUGGAUGUGGUGUGUCAGCCUUUGAUAAUGACAGGGAGCAUUGUUACACUAAGCACCGCAUUCUCAUGACAGGUUCAUAUGAUAUCGCACGAAAACUUAUGCACACCUAUUCGUAUGAUAUCCUACGAAAUUAGGCGACCGCUGGCCGGUCACGUGACGACUGAUCACAUCACAGUUAAGUUCAGCGGUCUUUACAGAUAAAUUUAGCCCAGAAAAGGUUACUGUGAGCCACAUACCGACAGCAACAACAGUUAAGUUUAGGCACCAAAAUGACUAGCUAAGAUUAUAAAAAACGUUUGCGGUUUGGAUUAAAACGCCGGUCCUCUUAAGUAGUACUCCUGGACAAGUUUCCUGAGUGAAAAAUCUUGUGUUUUCACCUUAACUUCUUCUGGGACACAAACUCUGCUUUCCCACUUAAAAAGCGCCGUGUUUUAUGACCCCACCCAUCUUCCCUGACCUCCUCCCUACACGGCUCUUAUACAGUGGCAGUCAGUGCGGUGCAUACAGCAAUAAAUAAGUGGAAUACAUACGAAUUACAGUGCAUUACUUCUCGUAGCUAUAUGUACUAAUGGUUCAUGAGAACAACCUGCUCUAAGUCUGUAUAAAGACAUGCAAACUUACAUUUUUAACUGUUUUUAGUACAUUUUUUAUAUUUAUGUAUUUAUUUUACUGAACAGACUAAUUUAAGCAUAUUUGCUGUUAAUUUGGUAAGUAACACUGUAAUGGACUGUUAAUAAAAUCAUAGUUAUUGUCUUCAUA